GGCUAUGCGACUUUCUUCUACCAAGGUGGCAACGCCGGACACUGUGGCCAGGUCAACGACGACAACACACCUCUUGUCGCACUCACCACCGCCAUGUACGGUGGCGGCAACCAUUGCGGCAAGAAUGUCAAGAUCACUAACAAGAAGAACGGCAAGACCGUCACGGCCAAAGUCGCGGACAGCUGUCCCACUUGCCAGACUACUCAGAGUCUCGACCUGAGCGUUGGCGCUUUCCAGGCCAUUGCUAGCCUCAAUGACGGUCAGGUGGAGAUCUCUUGGACUUGGGCGUAA